CUCGCAUAAAUGUGCAGGAAAAAGCCAGUGCAAACCUCUCCCUUUCCGAUGAAAGAAAAAACUCAGCUCACCAAACCCCAAAAUCACAUUUCCCACAGCACCAUACCCCACCUCCCAUCAUUUUCAGUUACACAGGUUUGAAGUGCAGAAAAGCGAUGGGUGCACCCAAACUAGUGCGACAUCAUGAAAGAUUUGUGACACCUCCCACAUUCCCAUGCUGGACACUGCUCCACCCCUCCUCUCUUCCUCUUCUCUCUCUCUCCUCCUCCCAUUACUCUCUCCUCCUCUGUCAAUACUUCUCAAAGAACUAAUACUAGCUCUGGCCUUUCUUCCUAUGUCAGCAGUGGUUGAGCGACGUGAAAGCUCCCAUCUUUUCUCUGUCAGUCACACUCACAUCUCUCUCUUCUUUCUGCUGUCUUUCUGCUAUCUUGUCAAGAACAGUGUGUGGUGGGGGUGGAGGUUAUAAGGUGGAGGAGGGGUUGCGCUGGUUUUGGGUCUGCUAUUGUUGUUUUUGGUUGGGGAAGAAUGGGAUCGGUGGGAGGGGAAGGAGUGAAGAGGAGAAAGGCAAUGUGGCUGUACCCGAAGGUGAGCGGAUUUAACCCGCCGGAGAGAUGGGGGCACUCUGCCUGCUUCGCCGAUGGUGUGAUUUAUGUUUUUGGUGGAUGCUGUGGUGGAUUGCAUUUCAGUGAUGUGCUUACUCUUAAUCUUGAGACAAUGACCUGGAUCUCCCUCGCCACCACCGGCCACAAACCGGGCACUCGAGAUAGUCACAGUGCAGUCAUUGUAGGCCAAAAAAUGAUCGUCUUGGGGGGCACAAACGGUGUGAAGAAGGUCAAUGAUCUCCACAUCUUAGAUCUUCUAACCAAGGAAUGGAGCAAACCUACUAGCAAAGGCAACCCACCCUGUCCGCGAGAGAGCCACACCGCCACUCUUGUGGGUGAAGAUAGAUUGGUAAUAUUUGGAGGUAGUGGAGAAGGCGAAGCGAAUUAUUUGAAUGAUGUUCAUGUUUUGGACCUUAAGACGAUAACAUGGAGUUCGCCGGAGGUGAAAGGCGAUCCCCCCGCCCCGAGAGACAGCCACGCUGCAGUUGCCAUCGGCAAUAAACUUCUAAUAUAUGGUGGCGAUUGCGGCGAUCGUUAUCAUGGUGAAGUUGAUGUUCUCGACACCGACACCAUGUCGUGGUCACGGAAGCAGAGAAUUCUUAUGUUUUUAUAUAUCUCACACCAAAACAUUCAUCUUUACAUACAAAAUACUUUGCUAAUAGUUCAGGGAUCUUCUCCUGGAGUAAGAGCUGGCCAUGCUGCUGUUCAUAUAGGGAGAAAGGUUUACAUCAUUGGUGGAGUUGGUGAUAAGCAAUAUUACAGUGAUGUUUGGGUACUGGAUGUGGCUGCCUGUGCUUGGGCUCAGCUUGAAAUUCGCGGCCAACAGCCUCAAGGGCGGUUCUCUCAUACUGUCGUAGUCACGAAUGCUGAUAUUGCUAUUUAUGGAGGUUGUGGAGAAGAUGAGCGGCCGCUGAAUGAGCUAUUGAUACUGCAAUUAGGAUCAGAGCACCCUAACGGUCGCUACAAUGUAUCGAUGUGCAAGAUUUUUGGUAGCCAUUGGAGCCAAGAGAAAAAGAAAUUUCUAAGAGCAGAUAAUUUGCAAAAUGUGAUUUUGAAGAAUGGAAACUCGAAUCGGAGGCCUCCUGAGGUGGAUGCUGAACAGAAGGGCUCCAUAUUUUGCAGCCCAGAUAACUUGCGAGCUAAAAGAAGAAGAGUCAAUGAUUCAAAAGUAUUUGACAUCGAAGCUGAGCAGGAAGAGCACUCUCUUUCGAUAUCUCAACACUCUUCACCAUCUCAAUCAGACCAAGAGCAGAAUACAGUACAGAGGCUCUCUUCCUCUAACAAAGGCCAAAAAAUUUUGCCCAAGACUGAGCAAUUUCUUCGUGCUGUCAUUCCUCCACAACAUGAGAUGCAGCUAUUGGCAUCAGAUCAGAAAUUGCCGCCUGUGAGGCAGGCCAUUCCUCAUCUGAUUGGAGCUGAGGUUUACGGUACAGUAGAUGGAUCUUUUGAUUCUGGGUACCUCAUGACUGCCAAUGUUAAGGGUCAGAUAUUCAGGGGAGUCUUGUUUGCUCCGGGUCCAAGUGUAGUAGCUGUUCCAAGACAGCUACCUCAAAGCCCCGCAAGUGUUCCACAGCAAUCUACAGCCCCAGCUCCAGCUCAAUCAAUCCCCAAACAUGUCAGGCCACCACAGCAGACUAGCUUCUUAUUAAAAGAAGGCGGCCACCAUGUCAGGCGUCCCAACCCUGUCCAGGUUAUGAAAGCCCAACCCCCGGCUAGGCUUAAGAGCGACCUACAAGGGGUGGUUCUCACCCUUGGAGGGCCCGGAGCUUAGAAAAGGAAGAGAUUUAGCUACAAGAUCAGGCCUGUGUUAUCUCUCCUUGUAUGUUUUGUUCUAAAUUCUUAUGUGAUAAGCAUAGAAGGUUUAUGGUGAUUCAGAUUAAGCCACUGUGUAUUCCAAGCCUUUUCUUUUUUACUUUUUAUGGUUAAUAGCAUUCUCGGAUUUGUAUUUCAUUUGAGUGAAAUGCUGAUCCUAAUCCAUAGUUUGUCGUCAGAUGAGCAAGUUUUUAUUAUUACUACUUUUAUUUUUUGUACUAAUAUUCAUAAAGGGUUGGCUUGAGGUAUUAAAUUCUUUAUUUUU